AAUUCGAAUUAUAUGUUUAAUUAAAGUGCGUGCUGGCUGGGUAGGCGUUGACUCUCUCGACUUUCCCAAAUCCACGACACUACAUAUUCCUGCUCUAAAAAACCCACUGGAAGCAGAUACACAACAAAGAUGGCAGCCGCUGCGCCAAACCUAGACGAACCUACCCGAAGCGGCGGCGGCAGUAGCUCCCUAACCGGGGAUGGGGACUCGGAGGAGUCCGAGGAUUUCACGUCCUCGUCCCACUGCUCGGAGCUCUCCCGCCGGCAGAACGAGCAGAGGAAGAUCGGUCUCUUCUGUGACGUUACCCUGGCUUUCAGCAGCGGAGCGGCCGCCGGGGGAGUGCAGAGCUGCGAGAUCCCGGGUCACCGGUCAGUCCUGGCCGCGGCGACCGAUUACUUCACCCCGCUGCUUGGGGGACAGUUCUCCGAAUCUCUUUCGGGCCGGGUGGAGAUGAAAGAAUGGAGUUCGGAGCUAGGGCCGGACCCGGAGACCGUGGAGAGCGUCAUUCAGUUCAUGUAUACCGGGGAGAUCCGGGUCAGCACCGCCAACGUGCACGAAGUUUUGGAGCUUGCGGACAGGUUCCUCCUGCUCCAGCUCAAAGAGUUCUGCGGGGAGUUCCUGAAGAAGAAACUCAACCUGACCAACUGCGUGGCGGUGCACAGCCUGGCGCACAUGUACUCCCUGGACCAGCUCGCUCUGAAAGCCGCAGACAUGAUCCGUCGCAACUUCCACAAGGUGAUCCAGGACGAGGAGUUCUACACGCUGCCCUACCACCUGGUCAGGGGCUGGCUGUCGGACGCCGAGAUCACCGUGGACUCGGAGGAGGUCCUCUUCGAAGCCGUCGUGAAGUGGGUCCGGAAGAACUCAGAGGAGCGUGAGAAGUACUUCGAGGAGCUCUUCAGGCUCCUCCGUCUGCCCCAGAUCAAACCCACUUACCUGACCAGGGUGGUCAAGUCUGAGAAGAUGGUCGCCGAAAACGAGGCCUGCUUCAAGCUCGUCUCGGAAGCGGUCGAGGGCCACGCCAUCCGGUUCGAGAACGCCAAGCCCGCCGACUUGGAGUACUGGGCCUCUUACGUGGCCUCCUUCCAGCCCCGCUUCGGCCAGAACAUGGACGUGAUCAUGGUCGUGGGAGGCGUGUCGGAAGGCGGGGACUACUUGAGCGAGUGCGUUGGCUACUUCAUUGACGAGGACAGGUGGGUCAACCUGCCUCACAUCCACAACCACCUGGACGGGCAUGCCAUCGCCACCACGGAGUCCCACAUUUACGUGGCCGGGUCGAUGGAACCCGGCUUCGCCAAGACCGUGGAGCGGUACAACCCGAACCGCAACACGUGGGAGCAGAUGAGCAGCCUCCUCACCCGCAAGCACUCCUUCGGGCUCACCUGCAUCAAGGAGAUCCUGUACAGCAUCGGGGGCCACGGCAACUUCAGCCCCGGCUUCAAAGACGUCAGCGUCUACGAACCCGAGCAGGAUAAGUGGGACAACCUGGAGUCGGCGCCCAAGAUCCUGCGCGACGUGAAGGCCAUCGCCGUGGAGGACCGCUACGUGUACGUCACCGCGCGGACGCCGGUGGACACGGACAACGAAGACGGCUUGAAGACGGUCACCAUCCGCUACGACACAGACAGCCGCCAGUGGCAGGAAGUGGAGUCGCUGCCGCUGAUCGACAACUACUGCGUCUUCCAGAUGGCGGUGGCCGCCACCAACUUCUACCACACCGCCUCCUGCUGCCCCAAGAGCUACGACGACGCACGGGACGAGGCGGUGAAGCAGAAGAUCACCAGCAGGACCCCGGACGAGAUCCUAGAGAGCCUGCCCCCGGAGGUGAUGAGCAGCGAAGGGGCCGCCAUCUGCUACUUCAGGGAGGACGUGUUCAUCAUCGGGGGCUGGAAAAACAGCGAUGACGUCGACAAGCAGUACCGCAAGGAGGCGUACCGCUACUGCGCCGAGAGGAAGCGCUGGAUGCUCCUGCCGCCCAUGCCCCAGCCCCGCUGUCGGGCGACGGCGUGCCACAUCCGAAUCCCUUAUAGGUAUCUGUACGGGACUCAAAGGUACCCCAUGCCGCAGAACUUGGCCCGGCAGCGGGACAGGAUGCAGCAGAUGCAGCAGCUGCACAGACGCACCCUCACCUUACGGAAGCAACUGCAGUCCCAGAUCGAGUGUUAAAACUGAAGACUGUUUCCAGAGUUCGAACGUACUUCAGCAGCAUGUAAUCCUGCCCACUCCUGAGUCUUAAAGUUUAGCCUUGGCAGGUAGGAUGGACUUGUAUGUCAGCAUUGAAGAACAAGCAUUAAGAUGUUUGACCAUAGGCAUCUAUCUGCUGGUUGGGCUGUAGUAGCAAGCGACGAACUGCAUGCAGAUAAUAUAACAUUUCUCUUCUGUGUUAAAAAAAAAAAAUUGUUCUGGUCUUGUGAUGUUGAGGCUUCCCAAGUUCAUAUCCGUGAACAACAGACCAGUGUUGCGAGACCAAAGCAGGAUCAAGACGGAUACAGUGUGCCAGUAUUCCAUCUGAAAGCUCUGUGCAAUAUAUUUAACAUCUGUAUUUGUAAUGGUUUUUUUUUUUUCUUGUCCUUUUCAACUUUUCUUCCUUAAUGCAAUGUUAUUACUAUUGUUAAGGAGUGACACAGCGAAGGAUUUGGCGUCGUACAGACUAAUGGCGUUUUUCAACAAGAUGAUCUGAUUCUACCUGCACUUGUAUAUUUGUCUUUUGAUCUUAAUGGAGACUGAAGGGGACAGAAAGCUUGUAAAGGGGCUGUCUUACCAAAAUACCAAUCGCUGCACUACUUACAAGCACAAGACUUGUUAAAAAUGGUAUUUGGGUCAUGUCAUGGAGGGUGUAUACAAUCGACAUUUUCAGAAUAAUGAAUUGCUUUAGUGUUUAACGUUGUGUGCACUCUAAAUAUGUUAUUUUAACGUGCUUGCUAAGGGGUGGGGGGGGGCAAUUGUUUAAAAAAAAAAAAAAAAAAAAAAAAAAAAAAAGAA